UCACCCUUCUCUGAUGCGUCGUACCCUCCGAAUCUGUCAAAGUCGAUUCACACUUGCCACUCCAACACGCGAUCACAUCCACAUCCCCAUUCACGCCCCCUCGUGUAUCCCCCGGAAUCGGUCGCAUAUAUCCAACCCUACAACUUCAACAUGGAGGAAGACAAAAGCGGUCAUGGCCUCGGCUCCGGGUCUCCCACUGCCUCUAUCGGUCAAUUUUCCUUCGCUCCUGCUACUCGAACGACUGUCGUCACCACAACAACUACAACCACCACCACCUUUCCUCCCGUGUUCAUCAGGCCGCCCCGCGCAAUGCAAGAUCUCGAUCCUAAACUAUACCCCCUGGCAUCUGCCCCUACUCCAGCGUCACUACGGAAUAUUAGAUUUGAAUUAGAUGGGAGGCCGGUUGUUUUCAAUGAGCCUGAGGAUACCACAGGCACAUUAAAUGAGUUGUAUGAGAAGAGUGACGCGCUUAAGGCUUCCAGUGGUCUUGUGCGAUCCGUGGCCUCGUUCACUUCGGAUGAUGCUCGGCUAUCAAGACGCCUUGCACAUAGAACCUCGAACCAGCCAUCGAGUCACCUGUCGAUCUCCAAGCGCCGGUUUUCGGAAGCACAGCAGGGCUCCCUACGGCCGCGUGCCUCACGGGUGCCGUCAGAGCCCUCAUUCCGACCCGUUCGCUCCCAUGGCUCUACGCCCAUACAUCCUCCCGUGGCUGGAUUAGCGACUCCAGAGACGGAAACCAAUAGCAAUAGCAAUAGCACUAUGGACGGCAUACUGUCUAGAAGGAGGAUUCACAGUGCGAGUAAUCCUCGUAGGGAGACACUACUUCGUUCCCCUCUGUCAUCAGAAGUCGAUUCUCAGGGAGUCUCGCAGACGGUGGGUGCAAGGAAAGAGUCCUUGCGUACCAAGACUGCUAUCCAAGAACACAACAGGCACAUAGGAUGUCCUACCGAGACCACUUUCACGAGGCCUGCCUUGGAAAGAACCGGGUCGGAUCCCAGCCAAGAUCAAGAAGCAAUUGCUGACACUCAGGAUUCCGGCUACGAUGCACCGGGUGACAAUCCCCCGCAUCUUCCUUCCGAGUCGACCUCUCAGCUUGCUUUCAUCGAUAAUGUUGUUGCUCAAGAUAUGUGCUUACCUAGCCCAAGUUUGUCCCCAGUCGCGGCCCUGAACGCUGGAAACGCCGAAUCUUCUUUCGAUUCCGCCGAAGAACAAGAGGACACAGACUCCAGCUUCGACAACAAUGAUUCUGGAUUCAUCGGGUCUUUAGAUAUGGUCGAUUCGAAGGGUGAUGCGUCGUAUGUCGCCAAAUCUGACGAGUUUACGAGCUCUAUGAUGCAACGCCCCACUUCCAUGAUGGACAUCCCCAAUGUGUUGGAUUUCUUUGACUCAGUACCCGACGCAAUGAAAACAUACAUGAUGUACCAACUUCUGAGGCGCUGUCCGAAGCAGACUUUGCAUUUUGUUGCGGACGUCGUCAACCCGGCUUUGAAAUGUGACUUCCUGGCUCUUCUUCCGCUUGAGCUCAGCCUUAACAUCGUGAAGUAUUUCGACGUCCAGACCAUGUGCCGCGCUGCGCAGGUGUCCAAGAAGUGGAGGCAUAUAAUCAAUUCUGACGAAAAGUCCUGGAAGGAACUUUUCGAUCGAGACGGUUAUGUUCUUCCAGAUGGGGAGUUGGAUCGUGCAAUCAGGGAGGGCUGGGGAUGGCAAUUCCCAAAUGGCAGUGAGGACUACGAAAAGGACAUGUGUCUAUCUCCUUUCAUCAAGCCCGAUCCAGAAUCCUCUUCCGUUCCGGCCUUGCAAUCCUUUGGAGAGUCAAGUGACAGAACCUUGUCUGUCAGUCGUCGUCCAAAAAGAAAGGCUUGUACUCGUGUGUCCAGUCGCAAACUCUCGAAGCGGAAGAUAUCUUCCAGUGGCACUGAUUAUUCUGAGUCGUCUGACUGGAGGAAAGAAGUUUCCGCUUCGGAGGGACCUUAUGCGGCUGCGAAUGCUGCGGCAGCGGCAGUCCCUUACCCCGACGUCGGGCUGCCGUCUCUCCGUGGGCUCCAUCUCUACAAAUCGCUCUAUCAGCGUCAUCAUUCCAUUCACAAGGCCUGGAUGAAGCCUAAUGUCAAGCCAAGACAUAUCGCCUUCCGUGCCCAUGACCGUCACGUAGUCACUUGCCUCCAAUUCGACACGGACAAAGUUCUGACCGGAAGUGAUGACACGAAUAUCAACGUUUAUGACACUAAGACCGGUGAGCUGAGGGCGACACUCGAGGGCCAUGAGGGCGGUGUUUGGGCACUCGAGUAUUAUGGCAACACCUUGGUUUCUGGAUCUACUGACAGGUCCGUCAGAGUCUGGGAUAUUGAAAAGGCUCGAUGCACCCAGAUCUUCCAUGGCCACACCUCAACAGUGCGCUGCCUGCAGAUCGUCCUCCCAACAGAGGUAGGAAGGAAGGCUGAUGGCACCCCCGAGAUGAUGCCAAAGGAACCGUUGAUUAUCACAGGCUCUCGUGACUCGAAUCUUCGAGUAUGGAAGCUUCCCAAGCCGGGCGACCCAGGCUAUUACCAGAGCGGACCUCAUGUCGACGAUGCAGAUUGCCCCUACUUUGUUCGUGUUCUCACCGGUCAUCAGCACUCUGUCCGCGCGAUUGCGGCGCAUGGUGAUACGCUAGUGAGUGGAAGCUAUGACUGCACGGUGCGGGUUUGGAAAAUAUCCACUGGAGAGACCGUCCAUCGGCUUCAAGGUCAUACCCUGAAGGUGUAUAGCGUUGUCCUCGAUCACAAGAGGAAUCGUUGUAUUAGUGGGUCCAUGGAUAACAUGGUCAAGGUCUGGUCGUUAGAAACCGGUUCCAUGCUGUAUAACCUGGAAGGCCACACCUCCCUCGUCGGUCUUCUUGACCUCAAAUGUGACCGUCUAGUCUCGGCGGCUGCAGAUUCUACACUGAGAAUUUGGGAUCCUGAAAGCGGCCAGUGCAAGAACAUGUUGAGUGCCCAUACCGGCGCUAUCACCUGUUUCCAGCAUGAUGGUCAGAAGGUCAUAUCAGGCUCGGAUCGGACCCUGAAGAUGUGGGAUGUACGAACAGGGGAGUGUGUCAGGGAUCUGCUCACCGACCUUAGUGGUGUUUGGCAGGUCAAGUUUAAUGACCGAAGAUGCGUUGCUGCCGUGCAGCGUGAUAGCUUAACCUAUAUUGAGGUCCUUGACUUUGGCGCUUCACGCGAUGGAGUACCAAGCGAGCAACUCGGGAGACGCAUCGUCGUCAAUAGAUGGGGUCAGGAAGUCAGUGAUACUGACGAAGAUUACGAUCUUUCCGACGCCUGAUGCUCUGUACCUUUCGCUCACCUUUUCUGCCCCUGCGACAGGCCAAGCAAACGGCAAUUUUCUCACGUUAUAUUACCACUUUUUUUUCGCGACAUACU